UGUUUUUACAAUGGAUUGUUUUUGUUUCAUAAACAACGAACAUGUGUUCUUAACGUUAUUGGAUUUUGGUUGCCGGGUAACCUAUUGUAAAUUCCCUUGAUAAUUCUUUGUAUAUUCCAUUCAUUUUAUGAGGAACAUCUGAACAAAUAAACGAAUCGAUCUUAAAAUUUUACUGUUAUUAAAGUGAGUUUCGUCUACUUAUUUAAUUAAAGCUCUCCCAUUUUCAAAGUGUAAAAUAAUGACAAAAAUUUUAAAUUUUGGGCGGAGUUUUCUUUUAUGGUAUGCUCAUGACCAUGUACAUUUUAGAUUACAGGAGUUUUAUGCUAUUACAAAAAUGUUAAACAUCAAUUUUGAGUGGAUUGAAGAACCAUCAUUGAAUGAACCAUUCUUUUUGAUCAAUGUUUCUUCACCAUGUGACGUUAAAAAAAUCAUGUCAAGAACUGUUUUAAUUAGGUCAGCUUAUGAAUUAUGGGCAAGAAGCAAGACAAUCUCUGAGCUCCAUAAUAAUUUGAAAAUCAUUCCAAAAAGUUUUGUUGAGCCAUACUGUAGGGAAGAUGUUUCAUUUAGGAUCAUGGUAGAAUCCUUUGGGAAGAAGAUGAGUAAGGAACACAAAGUAGAAAGAAUUGAUGAGCUUGCUUUCAUAGGUUUUGAGGGUCCAAUUAAAUUGAAUAAUCCAGAUCAUAGUUUUCUUUUGAUGGAAUAUUUUGGAACAGAUCGGAAUUUUGCUCCAGAUUCACCAUAUGAUGUUUUCUUUGGUCGAUGGAUAGCUGAUGGUCAAAGGACAGUGUGUCAAAAGAUCAAUCUAAAAACACGUAAGUUCAUAGGAAAUACAACAAUGGACCCUUUAUUGUCUUUGGUCAUGGCUAAUAUGGCUUGUAUCAAACAUGGAGAUAUUGUAUUGGAUCCAUUUGUUGGAACAGGUGGACUUCUUAUUGCUGCAGCUCACUUUGGUGGUUAUGUGUUUGGCACAGAUAUCGAUUACUUAAUGCUGCAUGGAAAAGAUAAACCAUCCCGUUUGAAUCAAAAGAAGAGAGCACCUGAUGAAUCCAUUUUAGCUAAUAUGAAACAAUAUGGUUAUGAAUCUCAUUAUUUAGAUGUCAUUGUUGCAGAUGCUGCACUUCCGCUCUGGCGUUGUGAAUCAUUCUUUGAUGCUAUUAUCACUGACCCACCAUAUGGUAUAAGGGAAUCAACUGAAAGGAUUGGUACAGAAAAAGAAUAUAAAAUUCCAGAACAUUUAGCUUUAAAUCACAUACCAUCUAAAGUUACCUACAGUUUACAAGAAAUUAUAGAAGAUCUACUUGAUUUUAGCUCAGUAUAUUUAAAGUUAAAUGGACGAUUAGUUUAUUGGAUGCCUUCUUUUAAUGCUGAUUUUGACACAAAACAGUUGCCUUGUCAUCCUUGUCUAAAACUCGUAAGUUAUUGCAAACAAGCACUCACGGGUCAUUCAUCUCGUUACCUCAUAACUAUGGAAAAAAUCAAAGAAAAUGUGAAUGCCUCUGAGAAAGGAUAUGUUCCAGAAACCAUGUUGCAUUUUCGUAAAAAAUACUUCGGAAGAAAAAAGACUGAAGAGUAAUUUUACAGAUCUAUGUUUAAAUAAAUUAUUAAUUUUAGUAAAGUUUUGUAAUUAAAGUUCAAA